AUGUGGAACCUUAUCAAUUACAACUACAGCGGGGGAGGUGCAAGCGGCGACGCCAAUGAUGAUGGAAACACCCCUAAUGGAAAUAACAACACCACCGAAAACAACUACAAUCUCUGGAGCAUUCUAGGAUAUGAGAAGGAAAAUCCGAGUGUAGAAGAAGAAGCUAGCCAAAAUAGCAAUGACCAAAAGGAAGUCCAAUCAAACGAGAAAAAAAAAAAAAAAGCAACAAAACAUUUCGUGAGAGUACUUGAUGAAGAUGGCAAUGACGUUGUUAACAAAACACCCAAGGAGGACAUAAAGGAAGUGGACGCAGAUUCUUCAGAUAAAAAGAAGAAGAAAAAAAAAAAAAAAAAAAAACAUUUGACUAGCGAAAAUAGGGACAAGUCCCCCUUCCUCAGCGAUCUCAGUUCUUACGCUGACUACGGAACAAGCGAUGAAGGUAAAGGACGAAAUGAUUCCCACAUAACAAAUGAGGAUGGCCUGGAAAAGCAGAAGGAAUAUGACGCGUCCAUGAGUCAAGAGGAAAUCACUGGGGAAGAAGUCACUGAAGAAACUCCCAUCGAAAAUGAAGCAGACGGUGGAGGCCAUGCUGUGGAAGAAACGACCUCGGCCAUUGCCAAUGAAUGGUUCUUUGGAAAGAUCAAAGAAAUCCUGGAGCCAACCAUGAACCAGGAAACCAUAAGCGAAAUGAUAACGAACAAAUAUAACAGUUUCAAUGAAGCCAACUCCGGCAUUUUCUAUCUAAUCGAAAAUCUACUCCUCCGUACAAACACCCAAGAAAAAAUGGAACUAAAUAAAAAACAAAGAAGCAGCUACCUGUACAAUCAUUACAACUCAAUGGAUUCAUCCAUCAAUGAACAUUACAAUUUUGUCAACUACUCCAUAUAUUGCAUUAACAAGGAGCUAGCUGCAAAUGUGGAGUUGGAGGCGACAAAAAUGAUAAAAAUUUACAACUAUGCUUUUAGCAAAUUUAAGAAAGAUAUAAAUUAUAAGGACCAAAUUUUUGCUGACUUGGUAAAUGAGGCAGACGAGGUUUCCACCUUAAUAGUUAAUGAGAAAAACAACCAAAAGAAGAGGAUCCCCAAAAUUGACUUCCUCAUUUUGGUAAAUAUCAACAGUGAUAACUACAACAAUAUUAUCGAAUCUCACAGUGUUCAAACGCCCAAGUUGAAGCUCGAGGAAAUUUUUAAAAUUAAUGUGAAUUGA